CCAUUCGCUCUCUCGCUCCACUCUCUCUCUCGCCGAGUGAGGGAAGGAGGGAGAGAGAGGAGGCAGGGAAGUGGGGAGAGCGGCGAGGACAUGGCGGCGAAAGCGAGCAGAGCAGCCGCCUCCGGCGCGGCCUACGAGGAGCAGCGCAAGAAGCGGGUCCUCGAGAACCUCAAGCAUCUGGAGGAUUUGGGUAUAGCGGAGAUGUCUAAGAGCCUGCUCCAGGCGGCGCGCCUGCAGAAACUGAACAAGGCCGGCGUGCGCGCGGGCCCCAAGGAGAGGAAGAAGUUCGACGCCACCGAGGUGCGGCGUUCUUCGAGGGCGAAGACCACGGUUUCCUACAAGGACGAUUUCGGUGAACUAGAUGCUUUUCUGCGUGGCACAAGGCGCAGUGGUGGUAGGAAUACAGAACAUGGAAGAGAAUACACUGGAAGAAUUCCAUCUUAUGAACAGCAACAACGUGCUUUCAGAAAAGCUGAGAAACUUCAAGACAGUCUGGACCCUAAUAACCCAUCUUUUGUUAAGACCAUGGUUCGAUCACAUGUGUCAAGUUGCUUUUGGCUUGGUCUUCCUAUAAGCUUCUGCAAAAAUAAUCUGCCUUCCAAAGAAUUUAGGAUGGUGUUGGAGGACGAAGAGGGUCUUGAAUUUGACGCUGUCUAUAUUGGAAACCGAACUGGUCUAAGUGGUGGAUGGAGGGGCUUUGCAAUGCACCACAACCUGGAGGAAGGGGAUUCAUUGGUCUUUGAAUUGGCUGAGCAUGACAAAUUUAAGAUUUAUAUAAUAAAAGCUAUUGAUGAUGAUGUGAAAGAGGCUGAGCCUGAUGACAAGAAUGACAAUGGUGUUACCAAGGAAGAGCCUGACCAGGAAGAAUCACCUGUUGCUGAGCCUCCAAAAGGUGCCAAAAGGAGAAAACUCCGAGGACGGCGGUAGUUUUUCUAUUAGUUUACAUCGAACUUUUAAUAUUAGACACUCUUUGGGUAAGCGAAUGCCGCUAUGCUAGUGAUGCGCUCUCCUGCCAGGUCAUCCAUUUGCUCCUUUUUGUUGACCUGUUCUUUCUGAAAUUAGGUGUCCAAUUGCAACCCAUAUAUUGCGGUGAAAAGCACAUCUAUCAACGUAGGUAGUCCUUGAUUCAUGUAAAUAAGUAGUUUGACAGUGGAGUACUUACGCUCUCAGAACCCCCUGUGUGCUACUUUAGCAGAGAGGCAAAUUGCUUCUGUGCAUACGAAGUGACAAUCAUUAGCAAAGAGAUAAUUGCAAUGACUUUCUGUGGC